GUAACAUUUCACUGCCUUUCUGCUGGAGCACAUUCAAGAUGGCUGGAGAACUGAGCUUCCUCGAUAACCCCGUAUUCUCCCAGUUUGCCUUCUAUGGCUCGGUGUUGAUCGGGAAAACAGUGCUGAUGAGUCCGCUGACGGGACUGUUCAGAAUAAAGAACCAGACCUUCUCAAACUCAGAGGACCUGAAGUUGGGCGCACCUGGCAUCAAAGUCAACUUCAACGACCAAACUGUGGAGAGGAUCCGAAGGUGCCAUCAGAAUGACAUUGAGAACAUCGUGCCCUUCGCUGUGAUUGGUAUACUGUUCGUCCUAUCAGAUCCUCACCCUGUCGCUGCACGACGACUCUUCCAGACGUUCACGGCGGCGCGUCUCAUCCACACCGUCGCCUACCUCGCUCAGCUGCCGCAGCCAAUCAGAUUUCUCGCCUUCGGCGUCGGCGCCGUCGUCAACAUGAUGAUGGUCGGCCGUGUCUUCAUCUGUGGAACCCUUUAAUGCGACGUUGAU